AUGAAGGAAAUGAAGAAGAUAUUGAUAGCUAACCGAGGAGUGUGUGCUUGUCGGAUAAUGAAGACUUGUCGGAAGAUGAACAUCGACUUUGCGACUAUAUUCACCAGUGAAGACCAGCUAUCCCUUCAUGUAAGAAAUUCUAAAGAAAGCUAUCUUGUCGAGUCUUACAUGGACAUUAAUGCCAUCAUUGACGCAGCAAAGAAGUGUUCAGCAAGUGCAAUCCAUCCUGGUUAUGGAUUUCAAUCAGAAAAUUAUUUGUUCGCUGAAAAGUGCGCCGAAGCCGAUAUAAUAUUCAUCGGUCCAGAAAAAGAAAGCAUGAAGCUUCUAGCACAAAAGCAUGUCUCUAAGGAGUUGGCAGUGAAGGCCAACCUACCACCUAUACCGGCUUCAGGCCUGCUAAAUAAUGUAGAGGAUGCCGUCCAAUGGGCAAACGACGUUGGUUAUCCAUGUAUUUUGAAGCUAUCAGGGGCAGGCGGUGGAAUGGGUAUUCAGUUGUGUGAAAACGAGAACCACGUUCGAGAGAAAUUCCCAAGAUGUUCUAUGCUUGGAGUCAAAUUGUAUGGGUCCAGUGAGAUGUAUGCAGAGAAAUACAUACCAAAAGCUCGCCACGUUGAGGUACAAGUAUUUGGCGAUGGGAAAGGAAAUGUCAUUCAUCUUGGUGAAAGAGAGUGUUCCAUCCAGCGUAGGUACCAGAAGGUCAUCGAGGAGUCGCCUUGUCCAGCUCUUACCGAGGAGUUGAGAGAAAAGGUCUGCAAAAUGGCUGUUCAUCUGUGUCAAUCUGUAGCCUACAAGUCGGCUGGAACAGUUGAGUUUUUGUUCGAUGAAGCUACCAAUGAGUUUUACUUUCUUGAAGUGAACACGCGCCUUCAAGUGGAGCACAGACUGACUGAGCUUUGCUAUGGCAUUGACAUAGUGGAAUGGAUGAUCUCGCAGGCUUGCCCCUCCAUGAAGAGGGACAUAAAUCACACAGCAUUAAAACCUCGAGGCCAUGCAAUUGAAUGCCGUAUUUAUGCCGAAGAUCCAAUCAGUGGAUUCAAGCCUUCCUCUGGAACGAUCACUGAAGUAAGUCUCCCUACAGAAAGCUCGAACUGUGUUGUAGACACUUGGGUAUUUGGAGGCUGCAACAUUUCUUCAAGCUUUGAUCCAUUGCUUGCAAACAUUGUGCAGURGAGCCCAACACGCUCAGAAGCAGUGCGAAAAUUGAUCGAAACCUUAGGAAAGACCUACAUUGGUGGUCCUUACAACAACGUUGAUUUCGUGRCUGAUGUCGUUAAAAGUCGUAAUUUCAUUCUCGGAAAUACCCACGUGCAGAUUCUGAAAGAGCACAYAUAUAAGCCAAGAUGCAUGGAAGUCGUUUCUCCCGGACUUCUUACGACAGUUCAAGAUUGGCCGGGCCGUAAGGAUAAAGGUUUAUGGCGCAUCGGGGUACCCCCUAGUGGACCCAUGGAUCAUUUUGCUUGUAGAGUCGCAAACUGUAUCGUUGGUAAUMAAGAAUCCGACGCAGUGCUGGAGAUUACUCUCAGUGGUCCAACCCUAAAGUUUCGUUGUGACACAAGGAUUGCUAUGACAGGUGCAUCUAUGGACGUUACGCUAGAUGGUCUCGCUAUUCCAAUGUGGGAGACAAUAACAGUCGACGCUGGAAGUGUCCUUAAAAUUGGAAGUCUUAAUACCGGUCUGGGAUCCCGAGCAUACCUCAGUGUUGAAGGAGGUAUUGACGUUCCGAAGUACCUAGGAAGUCGUUCCACCUUUCCAAAUGGACAAUUGGGCGGAUAUCAAGGACGUCCACUUAAAGCUGGUGAUGUUGUGCAGUUUGAAAACUUAAGGACACCUCUCAGAUCCGAAAACAAUGUAAUUCAACUAGAUGCUGCAAAAAUGAGAGCAGAAUACAGAGAAGAUUGGGAAAUUGGGGUCCUUCCUGGUCCACAUGCCAAUCCAGAAUUCCUAACUGACAAAGACGUCGACAUGUUCUAUAGUACCAAAUGGGAAAUUGGUCAUAACUCUAACCGCCUUGGCAUUAGAUUGUUGGGUCCUGCACCAGAAUGGGCCAGAACAGACGGAGGAGAAGGAGGAAGUCAUCCAUCAAAUAUUCACGAUUGUGAAUACGCAGUAGGAACGAUAAAUUUUACUGGAAACAUGCCCAUUAUCAUUGCUCAAGAUGGGCCUAGCCUUGGGGGGUUCGUUUGCCCUAGUACUAUUGUCYAAUCAGAGUUGUGGAAAAUAGGUCAAGUAAAAGCCGGGAAUACCAUUAGAUUCAGGAAGAUGACCAUCGAAGAAGCAGUACAAGCAAGGAUUGAGCAAAAUGAGUUUAUAGAGUCUCUUUCUUYAACACUGCGGAUCCCAAAACCAGCAUCUUUGCCUGCACGAUACCCUCAAACCAAUGCCGUUCUGCACAAGAUCCCUUCAUCUGAUGUCCAUCCAGGAGCAGAUAUUCGCUUGGCUGGGGACACUCAUAUUUUGAUUGAAUAUGGCGAAAUGGUUCUCGAUCUUAAUCUUCGAUUUCGCGYACACUUUUUGGAACAAUGGCUUCUCAAGCACGAGAUCACUGGGUUGGAAGAAACUGCUCCGGGUGUUCGUUCACUUCAAAUUCGUUACGACUCCCUCCUGUUACCUCUAACCGACUUAAUCGAGAUUAUUCUCGUUGCUGACAAGGAACUUGGAGACAUUUCGAAUAGUUCCAUCCCCAGCCGUGUCAUGUACUUGCCAAUGUGUUUCGACUACAGCGGCGUUGAUCAAGCAAUUGGAAAGUACAUGAAGUCAGUACGCCCUCAAGCGCCAUAUCUGCCAUCAAAUAUCGAAUACAUUGCUCAGAACAAUGGUUUAGCUGGACGACAAGAAGUUGAGGAGAAGAUUUUUGCUGCUUCCUACAUUUGCCUUGGUUUAGGAGAUGUCUAUCUCGGUGCCUGCUGUGCUGUUCCCGUAAACCCGUUGCAUCGUAUGGUUACAACUAAGUACAAUCCAGCUCGUACCUUUACACAAGAAGGAACCGUAGGACUAGGAGGAUCCUACAUGUGUAUCUAUCCAAUGAAUAGCCCUGGUGGGUAUCAGCUAGUGGGACGAACGCUACCAAUCUGGGAUACGUUCGCAGUGACACACCCUAAGCUCUUCAGCAAAGAAAAACCAUGGAUGCUUGAAAUGUUCGACCAAAUACGCUUCUACCAAGUCAGCGAACCAGAGUUGGACAAGCUGCGCAAAGAAUUUACCCAAGGGAAACUGCAAAUUCGCGUGCAAAAAGUGGAUUUUUCCAUUGCUGAAUACAAUGUAUUUCUUGGCUCCAUAGCUGAAGAAACAAGAAAAUAUCGAGAAAUCCAAAGCAAAGCUGCUGCCAUCAUGUUAAAAAAGGAAGAAAAGAGCCUUGAGGAACUCCAGAAGGCGAGUUUCAACUACAUGAAGUUGUCGGAACAAAGGCUCAACGAAGUGCACCUCGGAAAUGAAGUGCCCGAAGGAUCGGUCGGAGUACACUCUUUAGUAACAGGAAAAGUAUGGGAAUCAUUUACUUCUGUCGGGGAUCAAGUUACCGAGGAWCAAGUGCUCCUUACGGUGGAAGCCAUGAAGAUGGAGUGUUCUAGCAGUGCUCCAUGUUCUGGGGUAGUCUCGAAAGUUCUAGUAAAGGUUGGUCAACUGGUAAAUCAAGGAGACUUGCUCAUAAUAAUCAAGAAAAAAUAA